AUCUUUGGAAUCUUGAAAGUACGGCGGAGAUCUUAUGAAACCCAACAACCACAACACGUUUUAUAACAAUCAUGCUGUGAAGCCCUGCUUGUGCAACACUUGCACACCUUGCAGCCCCACAGAGACUGGAGAAACCCGGAAUAAUCCGUGGGUUAUGGGAUAUUCCUGAGGUUUUAAAUUAAACUGACUAGUUUGUCCGUGGCGUGGUCUACUUCCUGGUUAGUUCAGCUUCAAAAUGCCUGAGGGACCAGAGCUCCACCUGGGCAGCCUUUAUGUCAACAAAAUGUGUGCUGGAGUGGUGUUCACUGGCCCUGUCAGAAAAUCUGAAGUCAGCAAGAGCCCUGAUGUGCCCUUCACCUGUGAGGCCUAUCGCAUCACUGCCAUUUCCAGAGGGAAGGAAGUGAAGCUCACGCUGACGCCUAUGAAGAGUGAUGAACCAAAACAGAGAUCCAAGGCAGGCCAAGCAGACCAGGCCAUGGAUGUAGUCUUCCGCUUUGGGAUGUCAGGCUGUUUCCGCUUCACCACAGAGGAUGAGCUGCCCAAACAUGCCCAUCUGCGUUUUUAUUCUAAAGAGACGCCCUGCAGAGUGCUGAGCUUUGUGGAUACACGCAGGUUUGGCAGCUGGCAGCCCAACGGGACUUGGCAGCCUGACAGAGGGCCCUGUAUCAUGUUUGAGUACGAAAGCUUCAGGAAGAACGUUGUGACGCACCUGUCUGACCGCACCUUUGACAGGCCCAUCUGUGAAGCUCUGCUCAAUCAGAAGUACUUCAACGGUAUCGGGAACUACUUGAGGGCUGAAAUCCUUUACAGGUUGAACAUCCCACCCUUUGUGGUAGCGAGGUCCGUACUGGAAGGACUUGAGUCAGAAGAUUUAUUUGACAACGAGAAGCCUGUAAAAGCUGAGGUGCGGGACACAAAGGACUCAGACAGAGUUAAGAAGGUGAAAAAGGAGAUGGGGGACCUGCUCAGACUGUGUCAUACAGUUCCUCUGGAGGUGGUGAACCUAGGUGGAAAGGGCUACGACCCCCAGAAGAACGACUACUCUGCCUUUAAGGCAUGGCUGCAGUGUUACUAUGUGGAUGGGAUGAAAUCAUUAAGGGACCACAAUGGCAGAACUAUGUGGUUCAAAGGAGAUCCAGGUCCCAUGGCAACUAAAGAUUUAAAGUCACCCAAGGUAAAAAAGAGAGCAAUGAAAACCGAGGACCAUGAUUACACAGAUAAGAAAAAGGGGGCCAGAGGAGGCAGAGCACACGAAAGAAGAAGGUGGUCAAACAGGGAAUCCAAAACAGCAAAGAAGGAAGAAGUUUCAAGUCUUAAGGAAACUGAGGAGUCUGAAAAAGUAAAGACGCCUCAACAAAAAAAAAGAACAGCGGCUCGUGGGAGGAAGACCAGCUGUGCUGAGCCAGCUGCAGGUCCAGAGAAGCGGAGCGGGAGAGUUACCAGACAGAGCAGCAAAUGAGGAGAAAAAGGGGGGCCCCACUGUAUUGGGUGUAUGUUUUUAUACCUUUGAACAGUUUGUAAUAAAACACAGAUUACUGUAAGAGUUCUGCAACUGUU